UUUAAUUCAUUACUAUUCAACAUGGGUCAAUACGGUUUUUUAAUACCGGACAGGUAUGUCCGUGAAGUUCCUGGUGAAGUCGACAUGAAUAUCGCCAGCAUCUUCUGGGGCUUUUCUCUAGGUGUUGCUGUCUUUUCGGUAGCAAAGGCGUCGAAGCAGAGCUGGCGGGCGUGGAAGAGAUGUCGACGUGUAACAGCUUAUGUCGCGAUGAUUUGGGCUGUUUGGUUUAGUAGUAUGGUCCUUGGAUGUUUGGCUUGGGGGUUUCAGCGACAGUAUAUAGAUCCAAGCUUCGGCUUCUACCUUUCUGUUGCAUUAUUCAGGGCACUCCAAGUCCAGUUCCUGCUUCAGAUCAUACUAAACCGACUGGGACUUCUGAUGGUCGUCCCUGGCCGUGCCGCACGUCUCAAAUGGCUCGUAUUCGCAAUCAUCUUAGCAGUCAACAUCAGCGUCUUUAUCAUCUGGAUGCCAGCGCGCCUACAGAUCAAAGACCAAUGGAUCUGGCUGAACAAUAUCUGGGGUAGGUGUGAGAAAGUCAUCUUUGCGCUGGUUGAUGGAGCCUUAAAUGCAUAUUUUAUCUACCUCGUUCGGUCAAGGCUUAUUGAGAAUGGAUUGACCAAGUACAUCCCUCUUUAUCGUAUGAAUCUGUUUCUCAUUUUCGUAUCCCUUUCAUUAGAUGUCGUGCUGGUUGGGCUCAUGUCAUUGCCAAGUAGCUUGGUCUACCUCUCAUUCCAUCCAGUCUGCUAUCUCCUAAAACUCCAAAUCGAGAUGAAAAUGGCCGAACUCAUCACAAAGAUUGUUCGUUCAUCAGGAGCAACAGGCAAAGACAACACUUAUUACCGCCACUACAGCGCCAACCAUGCAAAAAGCAUGGCAACGAAUACUAUAACGAAGCCAUCGGCCGCCCUUUCAGGUGUCCACGGAUUUCCCGGAAACAAUACAACUCAUGUCAAGGCCGGUGACCGCGAUAGCUCUAUCGAGAUGGAACUUCAAGGGCGUGUUAGCCAGAGCGGGAUUGUAAGGACCAUUGAGACGUCAGUUGCGACUUCACCGGUUCAGAUGCACCAUUAUCACCAUUCCUACAGCGGAACAAGCUCAACGACAGGACUAGCCAUUUAGUAGAUACGC